CUUCAUGUUUUAAUGAUCUUCUGGUCAUUUGUUGCUGGAGUUGUUACCUUCUAUUGCUCAUUGGGACCAGAUUCUCUCUUACCAAAUAUAUUCUUCACAAUAAAAUACAAACCCAAGCAGUUAGGACUUCAAGAAUUAUUUCCUCAAGGUCGUAGCUGUGCUGUUUGUGGUAAAGUGAAAUGUAAACGACAUAGGCCUUCCUUACUACUUGAAAACUACCAGCCAUGGCUAGAUUUGAAAAUUUCUUCCAAGGUUGAUGCAUCUCUCUCAGAGGUUCUUGAAUUAGUGUUGGAAAACUUUGUUUAUCCGUGGUACAGGGAUGUAACAGAUGAUGAGUCCUUUGUUGAUGAACUGAGAAUUACAUUACGGUUUUUUGCAUCUGUCUUAAUUCGAAGGAUUCACAAGAUUAAAAGAUCCCUGACCUUACUUUUAAGAGAGAUCCUGUCUGGUUCAGUGUUCCUUCCAUCUUUGGAUUUCCUAGCUGAUCCAGAUACUGUGAAUCACUUGCUUAUCAUCUUCAUAGAUGACAGUCCACCUGAAAAAGCAACUGAACUGCCUUCCCCUUUGGUUCCAUUCUUGCAGAAAUUUGCAGAACCUAGAAAUAAAAAGCCAUCUGUGCUGAAGUUAGAAUUGAAGCAAAUCAGAGAGCAGCAAGAUCUCUUAUUUCGUUUUAUGAACUUUCUGAAACAAGAAGGAGCAGUGCAUGUAUUGCAGAUAUGUCUGACUGUGGAGGAAUUCAAUGAUAGAAUUUUGCGACCAGAGUUGUCAAAUGAUGAAAUGCUGUCUCUUCAUGAAGAGUUGCAGAAGAUUUAUAAAACCUAUUGUUUGGAUGAAAGUAUUGACAAAAUUCGAUUUGAUCCCUUUAUUGUAGAAGAGAUUCAAAAGAUUGCUGAAGGCCCUUAUAUAGAUGUUGUGAAACUUCAAACUAUGAGAUGCCUUUUUGAAGCAUAUGAACAUGUACUGUCUCUCUUAGAGAAUGUGUUUACACCUAUGUUCUGCCACAGUGAUGAGUAUUUCAGGCAACUUUUAAGAGGUGCAGAAUCACCAACACGCAAUUCAAAAUUGAACAGAGGUAGCCUAAGUUUGGAUGAUUUUCGGAGCACACAGAAGAGAGGAGAAUCAUUUGGAAUCAGCAGAAUAGGUAGCAAAAUUAAAGGAGUAUUCAAAAGUACCACAAUGGAGGGAGCUAUGUUGCCUAAUUAUGGGUUAGCCGAAGGUGAAGAUGACUUUAUUGAAGAAGGUAUUGUUGUAAUGGAAGAUGAUUCUCCAGUGGAAGCUGUGAGCACACCUAAUACUCCCCGAAACCUUGCUGCAUGGAAAAUUAGCAUUCCAUAUGUAGACUUUUUUGAAGAUCCCUCCUCUGAAAGGAAGGAGAAGAAGGAGAGAAUACCUGUGUUUUGUAUUGAUGUUGAAAGAAAUGAUAGAAGAGCAGUUGGGCAUGAGCCUGAACAUUGGUCUGUCUAUAGAAGAUAUCUUGAAUUCUAUGUACUUGAAUCAAAACUAACAGAGUUUCAUGGCACAUUUCCUGAUGCCCAGCUUCCUUCCAAGAGGAUCAUUGGCCCCAAAAAUUAUGAAUUCUUAAAGUCAAAGAGAGAAGAAUUUCAGGAAUAUCUACAGAAACUUCUGCAGCACCCAGAACUGAGUAAUAGUCAACUUCUGGCGGAUUUUCUCUCCCCCAAUGGCGGGGAAACACAAUUUCUUGAUAAGAUACUACCAGAUGUAAAUCUUGGUAAAAUUAUAAAGUCUGUUCCUGGAAAACUAAUGAAAGAGAAAGGCCAGCAUUUGGAACCUUUCAUCAUGAAUUUCAUUAAUUCUUGUGAAUCUCCAAAGCCUAAACCAAGUAAACCGGAACUGACCAUUCUCAGCCCUACUUCAGAAAACAACAAGAAGCUUUUCAGUGAUCUAUUUAAGAAUAAUGCAAACCGUGCUGAGAAUACAGAAAGAAAGCAAAAUCAGAAUUAUUUUAUGGAGAUGAUGACUGUAGAAGGAGUCUAUGAUUACCUGAUGUAUGUAGGACGGGUGGUUUUCCAAGUUCCUGACUGGCUUCAUCAUCUCUUAAUGGGAACUCGAAUCCUGUUUAAAAAUACCUUGGAAAUGUAUACUGACUACUAUCUUCAUUGUAAACUAGAACAACUAUUUCAGGAGCACCGUUUGGUCUCACUUAUAACACUUCUCAGAGAUGCUGUAUUCUGUGAAAACACUGAACCUCGUUCUCUCCAAGAUAAGCAAAAACGAGCAAAACAGACUUUUGAAGAAAUGAUGAAUUACAUUCCAGAUCUGAUAGUCAAGUGUAUUGGUGAAGAAGCCAAGUAUGAAAGCAUCAGACUUCUAUUUGAUGGCUUACAACAGCCAGUUCUCAAUAAACAGCUGACUUAUGUUUUAUUGGACAUUGUGAUACAAGAACUAUUUCCAGAGCUCAAUAAGGUACAAAAAGAAGUUACCUCUGUGACGUCCUGGAUGUAAACAUUUGGAUUUGAGAUACAAUGACCAGAUAGAUAACAAAUUUCUGCUUUGCUAAUUAAUGUAGUAU